ACACCUUCUACUCGAAUAAAGAAAUUUUUCUGCGGGAGCUUAUUUCGAACUCAUCCAGUGCUCUGGACAAGAUCAGGUGAGACCAAGGACCAGGUGGCUAACUCAGCCUUUGUGGAACGUCUUCGGAAGCAUGGCUUGGAAGUGAUCUACAUGAUAGAGCCUAUUGAUGAGUACUGUGUGCAACAGCUGAAGGAGUUUGAGGGAAAGACCUUAGUGUCAGUCACCAAAGAGGGUCUGGAACUUCCAGAAGACGAAGAAGAGAAAAAGAAACAGGAGGAGAAAAAGACAAAGUUUGAAAAUCUCUGCAAAAUCAUGAAGGACAUCUUGGAGAAGAAAGUUGAAAAGGUGGUUGUGUCAAACUGGUUGGUGACAUCCCCAUGCUGCAUCGUCACAAGUACAUAUGGCUGGACAGCCAACAUGGAAAGAAUCAUGAAGGCUCAGGCCCUGAGAGACAACUCAACGAUGGGUUACAUGGCAGCGAAGAAGCACCUGGAGAUAAACCCCAACCAUUCUAUCAUCGAGACCUUGAGGCAGAAGGCAGAGGCUGACAAGAACGACAAGUCUGUGAAAGAUCUGGUCAUCCUACUGUACGAGACAGCUCUCCUGUCUUCUGGCUUCAGUCUGGAGGAUCCCCAGACACACGCCAACAGGAUCUACAGGAUGAUCAAACUUGGUCUUGGUAUUGAUGAGGAUGACCCCACUGCUGACGACAGCAGUGCUGCUGUAACUGAGGAGAUGCCACCCCUUGAAGGAGAUGACGACACGUCCCGCAUGGAAGAAGUCGACUAAGCUGUGCCUGAGGACUAUGUGGCUACGUGUUCAACACUCUGUCUCCAUUCCCUCUGAUAAUAUGUUUUCAAGUAUUUUAUUUUUGUUAACAUUUAAAAAUCUGUAUGGCAUGACAACUACUUAAGGGGAGGAUAAGAUUUCUUUCUACUAAGCGUGAUACUGUGAUCCUUUAGGCCCUAAAGCAGAGCUAGUUUUUCUUUUCUAGUUUCAUGUUGGCUUAUUUUAACAGAUGGGAGAAGCGUUGUUGUAAGGUGUAUGUAACCUAUGUUAACUUCGUGUUCUGAAGUGUUUAGCUAUGAAGUGGAUUCUUUAGUAGACCAAAUCUUUUGUCACUGAAGU